AUGCCUGCGCGCCAGAAGCAGGAGGCGAAGAAGAAGAAGAAAGGCGCCGGCGGCGGCCGCGUGGAUGCGGCGGCGCUGCUGCUACGGGAGCGCACGGCAGCCGGAGCAGCCACGGGCUCCCUGGGUCAGCCGCCUCCCGCCGCCGCCGCCCUGCCGAGGAUGUUCAGCUGCGUGGGCUGCUUCUGGGUCCUCUUGUCCUCCUGCCUCGUGGCCGUCUGCAGCUUCAGCUUCCUCUCGCCAGCUUGGAUCGUGAAGGAGCGCGGCGGCGGCGGCGGGCGGCGUUUGGUGGUGGCCACGGCCGCCGCCCUGGAAGGCAGCGAAGGCGGCGCCGGCGGCGGAGAGGUCAGCUUCGGGCUGCUGUGGCACUGCUCCGAGUCCCUGCGCCACAUGUACGACUGCUACACCUUCGGCGGCCUGGGGAGGUUCAGCGAGAUCCCUUCCGGCUCCUGGCAGACCAGUGCUGUGCUGUGUUCGGGGGGCUGUGCUCUCCUAGCCUUCAGCUCCCUCCUGGCUGUCAUUGUGAUCUUCCUUCCCAGCGGGCCGUGCGAGAGGAGGGUCUGCACCCUGGCUGGCUACAUUCAGACAGCAGCGGGUAAGUCUAUAAACCGUCCUCUUUUGAAACUUGUACCUGUGAAUUUAACUGGAUCAACUGUUUACAGCAGAGAAGGGGGAUUUUCAGAAUCUCGAGGGCCGUAUUCCCUUCUGAGCAGCCUUCUGGGGGCCACAUGCCACUGUUGGGUGGCACAAAAGUAG